ACGUGUUUGAUUCAAAGUAGUUAAUAAAGUUUUAUCGACAACGGUUUUUAUAGUUCAAUUUGAUCAAAAUUUGAUUAGAUUUUUGAUUUUCUAAAAAUAAUUAAAAAUAUGAGAACAAUUGUAGUAAUUUUCUGCUUAAUGGGCAUUGCCCUUUCAUCAACUUUUGCCCAAUAUCAACAAAAUAGUUUGCCAUAUUUAAAUCCUGGAGUACCAACAACUCAGUAUUAUGGAAAUCAACCGCAAAAUUAUCAACAAGGACAACCUGCAGUAGGUUCAUUUAAUACUAAUUCACAAUCAUAUCCACCAAAUAUUGUGCCAAAUUUAGCAGGAAGUUCAGGACCAGUAGUAACACCAGAAUCAUUAGGAUUCUCAAAUAUUAAACAUGAAGAUAUAAUGGCUGUUAUAAAUAAUGCCAGAAAUCCAAAUUCUGCCAAUUCACAAGCAUCUUUAGAAAAUCAAGUUACUGGUUUAAUGGGCAAUAUGACAAAAGAACAACAGGAUGGUCUUGGAAUGAUUAUCAGUUUCUUCAAUAAUUUGGGACUAAAGGAUAAAUAUGAAAAUUUAAAGCAAACAGCUGUCAGGAGCAAUAAUACAUUUUUACAGGGAAUUUUCUCUUUCAUCGAGGGUCUUGUUCAAACUGCUCUUCGCGUUCUUUCAGUUUUAACACUUGGUGUCUCUGAUCGUAUAAUGAAUGCUCUUCAUAAAAUCUUAUUUUCACACUAAACUGUCUUCGAAGAAUUUUCAAGGCAAGAAUUCUCUACUAUUUUUAUGUAUGCGAUUUAUUAUGAUAUUUUAAUAAUUGUAAUAAACAAUUAUGAUAAUAAUGCAUAACAGUUAAUUGUUAAUUUUUUAAUUGUUAAUUGUUAAUUUUGUAAUUUGUAAAAUUGCGU